GCUGUUUAGGUAUGUACAUGGCGUAUUAGGCUACCUAACCUUAGGUAGGUACCUGCUGUAGGCAGGUAAAGAUGGGGCUUUCGCGCGUCUGCCUUCAAUUAAAGACGCGUCCAACCACCCAACGCGUCUCCAUUCCCCAGCUUAUCCCACUAAUUUCUAGAAUUAUAUUUCUUAACAAUAUUCUCCAGCGUAACCCAAUUUUAGAGAAAAACCAUCUGGAUAACAACCUCACUCUCAAGAAAUUCUUACGACAGUAAUCCCGUUUCGAUCCUUCCUUUUUACCCAUCCAUAUACGACAUUUUCAAAUACCCAGCUUUUUUUUUUUUAAUAGCUUAUUUUUUCUUGUCUUUUAUCUACAAUUAAUCACCAUGUUAGAGGCACGACUUGAGCAGGCUCAGAUCCUGAAGAAGGUGGUCGAUUCCAUCAAGGAUCUGGUGCAGGACUGCAACUUCGACUGCAAUGACUCGGGUAUCGCGCUGCAGGCCAUGGACAAUUCGCACGUCGCCCUGGUGUCGAUGAUGCUGAAGGCCGAAGGUUUCUCUCCUUACCGAUGCGACCGCAACAUCGCCCUCGGCGUAAACCUCGUCUCCCUCACAAAGGUCCUACGCGCGGCACAGAACGAAGAUAUCCUCACGUUGAAGGCCGAGGAUGCCCCCGACUCCCUCAACCUCGUCUUCGAGAGCAGCGAGAACGAUCGUAUCAGCGAAUACGACCUGAAGCUCAUGGAUAUCGACCAGGAGCAUCUGGGUAUUCCUGAAACGGAAUAUGCCGCGACUAUCUCUAUGCCGUCAGCCGAAUUCAGACGCAUCUGCACGGAUUUGAUGGCUAUGUCCGAAUCUGUGACAAUCGAUGCUACCAAGGACGGUGUCAAAUUCUCGUGCAACGGUGACAUCGGUAACGGUGCCGUCACUCUCCGAAGCCACCAGAACGUUGACAAGCCCGAGCUCAAUAUCGAUAUCGAAUUAACCGAGCCCGUCGGCCUGACAUUCUCCCUCAAAUACCUAGUCAACUUCUGCAAAGCCCAGGCUCUGUCCAGCACCGUCAAGAUUUGCCUGUCUAACGAAGUGCCUCUUCUGGUGGAGUACGGACUGUCUGGUAGCAGUUAUUUGAGAUUCUACCUCGCUCCCAAGAUCGGUGAUGAAGAGUAAAAGGAAUUAAGGGUAGCAGAAACUAGUGAGACCCACGAAUAUACCACGAAAAUGUUGGGAAGGUGGUCGACUACCACGGGAUUUGCCAUGGGGGGGGGGGGACUUCUCGUGGUCUACGAAUUGGUUACGAAUGAAUAACCGCAUGCAAAAAAAACAUAGGUAAAUGUCAAUUGCAUAAUUAGUAUAGGAGGGUUUGUUGGAUGCAUUGACUUUAGAUGCGGUAUCAACCCGUAAUUUUCGAGACGAUUAUGGGGUUUUGUGGCCUUAAUAUAAAGUUUACUUUCUUACCUGAUGAGACUACAUACCACUUAAUAAGUCGUCGUCUCAUGCUGCUGCUGUGCUGCUGUGCUGUUAACAACUUUUGAAGCAAUGAAAACCA